GAAUUUUAUUUAGAACGCCCAGGAGAACCUCCUUGUCCCAGAAGUUCUCCUGUUGAGAACUCCUCUUUCUCUCCAGCAUUGGAUAGUCCCGACUCUCUGCCGUCGAUUCUCUCGCGCGCACCCCCUUCCAACAAUGGAUAUCGCUCUUGAAAUCUGGGACACGGUCGUCGGGGACCGCCUCUAUUCGGCUCUCCUCCCUGCGUCGCUGUCCUCGAGUCUCUCUGUCCCCGGUUUCCCGACUGCCGCCAACAGCACUCUUUCGCUUUUCGGCGCAACAAAACCGUUUGUCUAUGAGCCUGCGACGAAGCUCAUUUACCUAGAACCUUCCAAAUAUGCCUACAUGAGCGCGUGGCCGCGAAACAAUAUCUAUCGCCAAUUCUUAAGUUUCUUCCUGAUUGUCUGGAUUUUCGGCUUUAUUGUCUACUUUAUUUCCGCAACUCUCUCGUAUAUGUUCAUCUGGGAUAAGACGACAGUCAAACAUCCGAAAUUCCUCAAAAACCAGAUCCCUAUGGAGAUGGCGCAAACUAUGCGUUCAAUGCCAAUCAUGUCUUUGUUGACAGCGCCAUUCUUAGUCGCCGAGGUUCGAGGUUACGCCAAACUCUACGAUACGUUCGACGAGGAACCGUUUCCCUACUACAGUAUUCUGCAAUUCCCUCUGUUCAUCGCCUUUACCGAUUUCUUUAUCUACUGGAUCCACCGCGGCUUGCAUCAUCCCCUUAUCUACAAGACCUUGCACAAGCCUCACCACAAGUGGAUUAUGCCUAGUCCUUUUGCGUCCCACGCCUUCCACCCCCUUGAUGGCUGGUCCCAGAGUGUUCCCUACCACCUCUUCCCGUUCGUCUUCCCAUUGCAAAAGGUAGCCUAUGUUGUCCUGUUCGGUUUCAUCAAUAUUUGGACUGUCAUGAUCCAUGAUGGUGAAUAUGUUGCCAAUAGCCCGGUAAUAAACGGGGCAGCCUGCCACACGAUGCAUCAUCUAUACUUCAACUACAACUAUGGUCAAUUCACUACCUUGUGGGAUCGCAUGGGUGGCAGCUACCGAAAGCCAAACGAGGAGCUGUUCCGUCGUGAGACAAAGAUGGGCGAGGAUGAGUGGAAGAGGCAGACCAAGGAGAUGGAAACCAUCCUCAAAGACGUCGAAGGUGAGGAUGACCGCAAGUACCUCACGGAAGAGGCCAGCAAGAAAAACCUCUGAAAUAUCCGUCUGAUCCUACAAUGGAUCAAGGACCAUGGAGUGAAUUGAAUUUGAGAAGGUUCCCAGUUGCUAGGGCGUGCUUCACUCAUUCUACCAUAUUCCGUCUCAAGUUGCAUGAGUCAAUGACUCCCUUUUCGGGGUGACACGAGGUUGACGUUUUCUUUUACCCUUGCCUUCUCUCUUCUUCCCUCGCAAUUUCGUUUUGUGAAUUACACCCCUAAUGUCACACUGUAUUAACACCUUCUAGUAUUUAUAUUAAUAAUUUUGCUAAAACUCUCUUUUUUUACGUGCCAUGGCGUGUAUGUGAUGCACCACUACCGUCACAAUUCGGGAUACAGUGCGGCACCCUUGGGUUUUAGACUUACUCGCCGCAAGGGAAGGCAUUUUUGAGUGUACAUAGCCUAAAUGAAAAGAUAUCUCGCAAGACGCAAGUUCAGAUAAACGUACACAUGGACUUUUUAUCCAAG